AGUACAUCCAUAAUUCAAGUCAAUACAAUUUCAUUUCAUUUUAUAGGCUUAAAGGAUACACUGAUAAGUUGUUGUUUCUUAUUCGAUCAUCGGUGCAAUUGGGACAAUGCCUGAUGCAAAGGUAAGACGCUCGGUGCUGUUUUUGACUCUUCUGGUUCACAUAGCGCGAGGACAAGUCAGCUACUCGAUUCCUGAGGAAAUGGAAAAAGGAUCGAUAGUGGGAAACAUUGCGCAGGAUUUGGGCUUGGAUUUACAACGACUAAAGUCAGGAAAAGUGAGAAUUUAUUCAAGAGACAGUACGGAAUACAUUGAACUGAACAGAAACACUGGAUCGCUGCUUAGCAGAGAGAAAAUGGACCGCGAGUCUCUUUGUGCAAAAACAACUCCUUGUGCUUUGCAUCUUCAAAUGAUUAUGGAAAACCCAAUGGAAUUCUACACGAUUACAAUAGAAAUCACGGAUAUCAAUGAUAACGCUCCUAGUUUCCAGAGAAAGGAAUUUAGAUUUGAGAUCAGCGAAUCGGCGGCGGCAGGUGUUGGUUUUAUGCUCGGCAGAGCUUUCGAUCCGGAUGUAGGAACACAUGCUCUUCAGAGAUACUCGCUGAAACCGACUGAUAAAUUUCGGCUUGAACUGCACAAUCAGGCAGACGGUAGUAAAAUCGUCGAGAUGAUUUUACAAAACCCACUUGAUAGAGAAACGCAAAGCUCACUUAUUUUGUUGUUAGAAGCGUUUGAUGGAAGCGAUCCGGUGCUCUCCGGCACUGUGCAGAUACAUAUCACUGUGUUAGAUAUUAAUGAUAAUGCUCCUGUCUUUACACAAAAAAUAUAUAAAACCACAAUAACAGAAAAUGCAACAAAAGGUACUAUAUUAACAAUGGUGAGCGCGUCUGAUACAGACGAAGGAUCCAACAGUGUAGUAACGUACUACAUAUCUGACACAGUGGAGAAAAAUGUGGCCGAAAUAUUCUUAAUUAAUGAAAAAAGUGGUGAACUAAUUUUAAAUGGUCUGGUUGACUAUGAAAAGGUGAGCCAUUAUGAAAUUAAUAUCCAGGCAAAAGAUCAAGGAGGACUAUCUAAUGCAUGCAAAGUAAUUAUCGAUGUUCUCGACAUUAAUGAUAAUUCGCCUAGUAUUAAUAUUGUGUCUAGUUCCCAUUCAAUAUCUGAAGGGUCAAAGUCUGGUACUGUUGUUUCAGUCCUAAAUGUUGAUGAUCUUGAUUCAGGUGUAAAUGGCCAGGUUCAGUGCGUCUUAAAUGACGACAUUCCCUUUUCUAUUACUUCUCCGUCUAGCAAUUUCUUCAGCUUGCAAACAGAGCAGGAAUUGGACAGAGAAAGAGAAGCUGAGUACAAUAUCAGUGUAAUAUGUGCUGAUGAGGGAGUACCAGCGCUCUGCAGCAGUGUCUCUCUCCGUGUGCAGAUAUCAGAUGUGAAUGACAAUGCUCCUGUCUUUGAGAAAAGUCACUAUGAGGCGUGUGUGCUGGAGAAUAACACACCUGGUCUCUCUAUAUUUACAGUUAAAGCCAGUGAUGCUGAUUGGAAUCAGAAUGCCCGUGUUUCUUAUAUUCUAGAAGACAGCACUGUUAAUGGAGUCUCUGUCUCAUCAUAUGUGUCAGUUCAUCCUGACAGCGGACUGAUUACAGCUGUGCGCUCUUUUGACUAUGAACAACUCAAAGAUUUCCACUUCCUAGUAAAAGCGCAAGAUGGAGGCUCUCCUCCGCUCAGCAGUAACGCGACAGUGAACAUAAUUAUUCAAGAUCAGAAUGACAACGCUCCUCAAGAUGGAGACAAUCUCGCUUCUUAUAUCAGUCCAAUCUGCCUGUUAUUCCGUACUAUCCACCGCAUUACGCAGACACAGGAGUCACUGGAACUCUGCCGCACGGGUAUAAUUAUGAAGUGUGCAUGACGACUGACUCGAGGA